AUGCACAGCCCGGAUCAUGGCUUCCUCCGUGGUUUGUGGACCGAAUACUGCCGGGGUGGUUCCAUCUAUGCGAUGCGACACCUGGUCGCAGAGCUGCACAUCGGUGAGCGUGUUUGGUGGUUCAUCUGGAUCGGAUUGGCGCUGGUCGCCUGUUUAAUGUCCAUGGUUCAGCUAUACGAGAAAUGGAACGAAAAUCCGGUGGUCAUCAGCUACGAUGGGAGGUUUCUGCCGGUUUGGGCUGUUCCGUUUCCGGCUGUUACGGUUUGCCCUAUUGCUCGCACCCAGGUGGAACUGUUUAAUUCGUCGGAUGUUUAUUUUCGUUUCGAUGAAGAAGGAAUAAGUGACAAUGAGUACGUAAGACUUCGUGCGCUGUUACAUGUGUGUCCAAUGAUGUCGGAUUUUUACGAAUUCAACGCAACAUUGGCAGUAAACUAUGUACAAAUACUUGAAAAUAUUGCAAUUCCGUUCAGAAGUUUGUAUUCUGGCUGCAAAUUUAGAAAAUAUUUUCUAGAUUGUAACGUUUACUGGUCAAAAUCCAUCACUGAUGGCGGUGUUUGCUACACUUUCAAUGCUAUCGACGCUGAGAGUUUACUGAGGACUGAUAAUCUUCAUCACGAUUAUUUGUAUUCUGAGUCUUACCUCGAUUCGAGCAAUUGGACUUUGGAAGACGGAUAUUUAGAUGAUGUUCAACUGGAAACUUAUCCACUACGGCCCGUUGGAGGAGGAAUGGAUACUGGCCUAAUGCUGGUAAUGAAAACUCGGAAAGUGGACAUAGAUUACUUUUGCGAGGGUCCUGUAAUAGGGUAUAAAAUUGCAAUACAUUCUCCUGAUGAAAUACCUUCCGUGCAACACAAUUACUACCGCUUAUCGCAUAACAGUAAACUAUCUUUGAUUGCCCAACCAGAAUUAACGUAUAUCACACCUGAUCUUAAAAAGCACCCAUAUAGCAGACGACAAUGUUAUUUCAGUGACGAACGAUAUCUAAGAUACUUCAAAGUUUACAAUAGAAAAAAUUGCCUUGAUGAAUGCAUUUCCAACCAAACUGCUCAGGAGUGUGGUUGCGUGGGUUUCUAUUCGCCACGUGGCCCUGAGGUACGGAUCUGCGACGGCAGAGACCUAUUCUGCCCCGGUGAAGCAAUUAGUAAGCUACUUGAAAAGUUAAACGUAUCACAACGAAGAAGCGAAAUUGAAGCACCUUGCGGCUGUCUGCCGUCUUGUACGACGCUUCAAUACGAAGUGGAAAUAUCGAAUCUCCCUUGGGACUUUGAAGCGUUUGCAAGAGCUCUAGGUGCACCAACUGAGGUGUUUGAUGUCUUGGAACCAGCGGGACUGGUGGUAUCACUCAAGAGCAAAUGGUUGCUUCCGAUGAAGCGUCAGGAACUGUUCGGUAUUCCAGAUAUGAUGGCAAAGUUCGGUGGAUUAUUUGGCCUAGUAAUGGGUGCAAGCGUGAUAAGUUUCCUGGAAUUAGUUUACUACUGCAUCAUAAGGCCCUGGCGAAACGAUUAUCCUGCACGUAGUGCAGUUCAUGUGACGCUGCCAUAUGCCGUUUUCCAGUUCACCGCCGAGUAUUGUGCGCAGCACAUUACGUUCGAAGACUCUUAA